GUAAUCUGUAGGUUGAUAUGGUUGGACUUCUUCUCAGAGACGCACGCCAACUCUCGUCUUCAUUUCUCCGGGCUCUCAAUCCGAAGCAUGAUGGAUAAACACUGUUUUUGAAACAGAACUCCACCGUGAAGUCUUAACUGGGAAGACUUAUAUUUUUAACUACCUGCACUUUUUGUUUUUUGUUUUUUUUCUCCAAAGGUAAUCUCGUCGAAUAACGCGUUGGACAGAGCAGAAUGUGGACAAAACAAGAAAUGCGUAAGGCGUCCGAAGUGGAAGUGAGGAAGGGAAACUGAAGUGUGAGGCUGAGAAUGUGGCGGGGACACCACGGGGCAACUGGGCUGCAAGUUUCCUGAGCUUGGAGAUUUGGCGAGGGCGCAACAAGAGCGGAAAGUGUUAAUGCGGCGCGCUGGAUCAGCCCUGCAGUUUUCAGUACACUGUGUUAAUUGGCAGAUCAGCGCAUGAACUCAUGUCCUAUUUGUCUUAAAAUCAAACUAUAUGAACAAUCAGGGAAAGGGGGGGGAUUCAUAAUUUAGGACAAACCCACAGUUUACAAAGAAAAUCCACUGGGUCCAAAUUGAUUUAAGCUUCAGCACUUUUUUCUCUUUUUUUCCAAAUUGUUCGACUUCCUCCCCUUCGAUCCUUUUCCCUUCAUUUUUGCAAUUCUGAUUCCCGAAGUGGCUCCGAAGUGGUGUUGCGGCUCCUCGUCCCCGGCGGAUCCGGAGAUUGGAGUCUCUGCACCGGGAGGAGGCGGAGUCGGAGCUCCGGCCACACCGCAGGCUCCCAAGAGCGGUCGCGUCAAAAGGAUGGUGCGACUGGCGGCGGAACUGCUGCUGCUCCUGGGACUUCUUCUCCUUACCUUGCACAUCACGGUGCUGCGGAGCAAUCCGCUGCCCCAGGGAAAUGAAACUCUGAGCCUGGAUCAGGACACAGCACUUACAGAGCAGAACAACAUAAAUGCAAAAAGCAGCUCCUCUGUCCAGCUGGUUCCUGAGGACCGGCGGUCUGGUCCAGAACACCGGCUGGCCCUUCCCUGGGCGCAAGGCAGCAACGUACACAGGGACGGCCCUGGCACUUUCCUCCUGGAUCUGCACAAUUUCCCCGACCUCUCCAAAGCCGACAUCAAUGGACAGAAUCCCAACAUACAGGUGACCAUUGAAGUGGUGGAUGGACUGGAGGGCCAUGAGCCAGAGAAAGGCCUCCGCAAGGAAAACAAACCCAGUUGGGCUUCUCCUAACUGGAGAAACUGGUGGCCUCAUACUUCUUCGUCCUCCUCCUCUUCCACCACUCAUCAAACGGAGGAGCACGAUCGCUCCUACGGGACCAACAGCGAGGACAGCAACUUCCUCAGGCCGCCGGCGGACUGGGACAGGAGAGGGGCCACUGGGGGAGGAAGCAAAGCUCAAACUGAAUAUGACUACAUGGAUGGAGAGGGGGACUGGAGCAACUGGUCAGUGUGCAGUGUGACCUGUGGAAAUGGGAACCAGAAGAGAACCAGGUCGUGUGGUUAUGCCUGCACAGCCACAGAGUCCAGGACUUGUGAUAUGCCCAACUGUCCAGGUAUUGAGGAUGCCUUCAAGACAGCAGCUACCGAAGUCAGCCUGUUAGCUGGAACAGAUGAGUUCAACGCCACAGAACUCUUUGGUGUCGACACAGACAGCUGUGAGCGAUGGAUGAACUGCAAGAGCGACUUCUUGAAGAAGUACAUGACCAAGGUGGCAAACGACCUUCCCAGCUGUCCUUGCUCUUACCCGACCGAGGUGGCGUACAGCACAGCAGACGUACACGAUGCUCCCACUCGCCGAGAUUUCCGCUGGAAAGACGCCAGCGGGCCGAAAGAGAAGCUGGAGAUCUACAAGCCCACGGCCCGUUACUGCAUCCGCUCCAUGCUGACGCUGGAGUCCACCACGCUGGCUGCACAGCACUGCUGCUACGACGACAACAUGAAGCUCAUCACCCGCGGCAAAGGGGCUGGCACGCCCAACCUCAUCAGUACAGAGUUCUCAGCCGACCUGCACUACAAGGUGGACAUACUGCCCUGGAUCAUCUGCAAAGGCGACUGGAGCCGCUACAAUCAGGCCAGGCCGCCAAACAACGGGCAGAAAUGUCCCGACAACCCUCAGGACGAGGACUACUACAAACAGUUUGAAGAAGCAAGGGAAUUCUAGCCCACUGUCGAGUGAAAAGAAAAAAAAAAAGACAGUGCUUAAAUAUUCAGCUAAACCUCAAAGAUGGUGCUGAAACCAUUUU